AUGCCUCGUCUGUGUGUGUGUGUGCUGGUCUUGGUGCUGGCUUUAGCUACCUUCUCGGAAGCUUCCUGGAAGUCCCGCUCUCAGCUACGGGAUGCAUCCUCUGGACCAGAGACCAAUGGGGGCCUGGAACAGCACCAGCUGGACAAGCUAGGCCCAGCCUCUCACCAACGAAGGCAGCUGGGGCCCCAGGGUCCUCAACACUUCAUAGCAGACCUGAUCAAGAAGGAGAGGCCGCGAAUGGAGGAAGAAGCAGCAGCAUACGGAUGGAUGGACUUUGGCCGCCGCAGUGCUGAGGAGGAAGACCAGUAUAACUAG